CGUGUUGAUCCGAAACUCCACUUGGUAGCCUAAACAGUCGGUGUGUUUCGGUGCGGUAGUGAGAGUUUAAGGAGCGGUGAUUGUUGUUGGAGUGAUUAGCUGCGCUGUCUGCGGCGGGACUGCCAACGUUCAUUGUUUCAGGGAAUUCUUUAUUUUAUUAUUCUGAAGGAGACAUCGCAUACUCGGUGAGAGCACUAGCAGAGAGAGAGAAAAGCGCGUUCCCGAGCCGGUGUUAAGUUCAGACGGGGCGAGAAAGCCGCAGUGAGGAAGUGAGUCCCUGGCGCUCCAUUUUAGUCGCAGAGAUCCUUCGGGUCGGGACUCGGGGCGAUGAGCUACAGCCAGCGGGCUCUCCUCGUCCUGGCGCUCCUGGGGCUUUUAUCGGCGAUCAUGUCGCUGAUGUCGGCGAGUUUGAUUUUCCACCUGAACUCCGCGGUGAAGGAGUCUGGAUCGGGGGAAACGUGGGCCGUGUUAAAGCCGCUGUGCGCCGUGAUGUCUGCGCUCUCUCUCACUCUCAGCUCCAGCUCGGCCAUCAUCUGCCUCCUGCACGCGCACUUUACCACCGAAACAGGGAGAGAACACACACACAGGGCUGAAUGGUUCCUGUCAGACAGCAGGGUCAUUCGGCAUGUCGCUAUCGGCUUGUUUUGUGUUGGAAUUUCUUUUUACCUGGGUGCCCUGUCCAUUUACAUGCUGCUGGUCUUUGAGAUCGAGACAGGAAUAGCCAGCGUGUGUGUGCUCUCUUCUGGUGUACUGGUGCUGCUAAUUUUAGUCAUUCAUGCUCUGGUCCGGGCCACUUGUAUAUCCAAAUACUUUCACAACCAACACAUCAAUACCGUGUACCUGAACGACCCAGAGAGCAGCACUGGCAUCUGCACAGUGGCAUCAGAGCUUAGCCUCAGAGACAAGACAACAAGACAACGCAGUGAAGACAGCAUGAACCACCUGUUUUCCUAUACACAGCCCAAACAGUACUCCAGUGAAAGAGAGGCUUGUGGUGAGAGUGGACGCAUGCACAGGACCCUGUCUAGUGAAUCCAGCCUGCUCCAGACACAAACAAAGCCUUGGAACAGCAUCAACCACGAAAUGAGAACUGUGCUGACUCGCAAAGCCACCGCCAAAGACUCGACGUUAGUGUGAGUGGCAAUACUGAGAUGCUUUUAAAUGCUACAGUUCCUUUUAUUAUUUUUGCUACAGACUUACCACUGUAUACUUUACACCACAGUGCCUGAAGCUACUGCCUGCCAUGACACAUUAGAUGUUAUAAGCAAUUCUAUUCGAGCACUAACAAUAGAGACCUAGUAUAAAAACACUACAGGUUCAUCCUACAAUUAUGUUGUUUAGCCAAUGUUAAAUGGGGGACUUAAACUUGCAUAUUGUAUAUAACUAUCUGUACUGUCUUUUUAUGGACCCAAAAGUAAAUAAUUCAUUAAUUCAUACAGAAGGUCUACUGAUUGUUACUAAAUUUAAAAUUAGCUAAUUUUUUGAAAAAUAAUUGUUAGCUACUUGGGACAUUUUCUUGAAAGACUACACUGUGGUAAAAAUGUUUGAUUGCUUUUUAGACUACUUUUAUUAUGUGAAAAUGUUAAUACUAAACUUAACACUACAAAGUAUAGUUCGGUGCAUUUCAAAAUGGAUAAAAAUGACAGCAAGUAGACAAGGAGAGAAAUUCAUAAGGUAGACUAUAAAUUUUUUUACUUCUUAAGGACUGAUGUUUUUUU